AAUUCUUCAUUACAGAAAUCAAAAUUCAUCUGAUCUUGUUUUCCACUUGGCCUGCCAUUUUCUGCAAUAUUCUGAGAGAGAGAGAUGGGACACCAUUCUUGUUGCAGCAAGCAGAAGGUGAAGAGAGGGCUAUGGUCACCAGAGGAGGAUGAGAAACUCAUUAACUACAUUAAAACCUAUGGCGGCCAUGGUUGCUGGAGCUCAGUCCCUAAACUUGCUGGCCUGCAAAGAUGUGGAAAGAGUUGCAGACUAAGAUGGAUAAAUUACCUCAGACCUGAUUUAAAACGUGGGAGUUUCUCUCCACAAGAGACAGCUCUCAUCUUUGAGCUCCAUAGUAUUCUAGGCAACAGAUGGGCACAGAUAGCGAAGCAUUUACCAGGGAGAACCGAUAAUGAGGUGAAGAAUUUUUGGAAUUCAAGUAUCAAGAAGAAGCUUUUCUCUCGUGAUGUUCCAUCUUUGGCCUCUACAGCGCCAGACAACGAAGCUUCUUUCAUCUCUCUUAAUGGAAACCCUAAUUUCAUCCUUGCUGCUCAACAGGACUCGCUUUAUCUUUCCUCUCAUGUGGAUUUCAAGCCAGACCUAAAUAGUUACGACUUGGAUUUGGUUCAACAUCGUUUUCCAUUAACCUCAAUGCUCCCACCAGCUCCAUGGUCAUUGCCCUUUGUUUCUCAGCAUGGUCUUGCUCAUGAUCACCAUCAAAUUUUCAGCAAUAUUGAAGUGGUUCCAAGUUUUGUUAGUGGCAAGCUUGACAACUUAACCCCUGAUCUAACGAAUUACGACCAUGAGCUGAUGGAUUCUCCAACAAAGCCCAAACUCGGUGAAAUCCUUCAAGGAAAAAUGCUCAACAGCGUGCCACAAGCAUCUGUUUCAUUUGAAAGCAUCGACUCACGAACAUCAUGUUUCCCGGUAUCUGCUGGCUCAUCCUAUGCACAUGACAUGCAGGUGAAGGGGUACAUUGAUACCAUCAUCAAAUCGAUGCCUUCAUCUCGCCCACUGGAUAAUGCUGAUUUGUGAGAUUCGAUGGAAUCAUCUUCAUCAUCAUCCUCCAUAGGUAUUUGUGUACGGGUUUACCUCUUAUACUUAAAAGCAAAUAUGUUCUUGAAUAUGGAGUAUCUAUAUCUAUAUACAUAUAGAGGUUGAUAUAUUAAGUGCAUGGUCGUUAUGAGAGAAAAUCAAAACCUAAGUGUUACUACUUUCUUAUAUAUUCAGCAAGGAUGAUGCCGUCUGAUGAUGAUGCUCCA